CAUCCUGAAAAGUCAUGGCGCUGGCAGGCCCAGACAUGUCUCAGAGAAGCCGCGUACUACUGAGUAAUUGGAAGAGACCGAACAGAGAGCGACUGUCUUAUCACCGCCAACUCUAUGAAGUAUUUUGGGGGAUUUGGGAUGGCUCUCCGUCUCUGGACUUUCGCUGCUCCCUUCAGUGUGCUGGUCUGGACGGUUGUUGACGGUCAGCAUGUGAUCGGUUUUCCUCAUAUUAUCACCGUCCAACCAGGUGAUGAUGUUGUUCUGCCGUGCCAUGUGGAGCCUAAAUUCAAUGUGAAAGCGAAGACGAUUGAGUGGUCCAGGCCCAUGGAUCGGAUGAUCCAGGGGGAGUAUGUCCACCUCUACAGGAACAGGAAGGACAUCCCAGACGGGAAGAUUCAGUCGUACAUUGACAGGACGUCACUCUUCCCAGACUUGCUGAUGGAUGGGAACAUUUCACUGAAGAUCAGAAACAUCACCAUGGAGGAUCAGGGGACAUACAGAUGCUUCAUCCCCAAACUGAAGGGCGCUCCAAGAGAGGGCUUUGUGAUGCUCGUAGUUGAUCCAAACUUUGGGAUGACAACAGAGACACCUCUGGAUCCUGAAACUCCUGAUCCAAUCGAUGACGUUGAUGUAAAAGCCGGUGGUCGACACCAUCAUUUCAUCUGGGUCUCUCUCAUGGUCCUCUGCCUUGCCUUAACCCUGGGUGUUGGAGUUUCAUAUGUAUGCAAACAAAAGUACAGAGAGGAAAAGGCAGAUCUAAAGGAGACAGACUUUGUUGCUCUGAAUGCCAAUCCCUCUCCAGCAUAGCCUCCGGCUCAAACACACGCUCACAGUUGAUGUUCUUGGAGUUAAGUUCUCUUGGAUCUUCAUCGACAGUUCAGGAAUUCAAACCUGCAGAAAAACGGGCAAAACUGGUCCGAAUGGGUCAUCAGGAGGGAUCCUUAUGAUGGAAACAGAUUUCCAUCAUAAAAGAAGCUCCCCUGAAGACCUUUAAGGUUGUUAAUUCAAACCCCGAAGGAGUCUCAUGAAGAUGGAUUAGUAGUGGCCGAUUUCCCUCCUUAAAGCUGUUCCGAGGCUCUGAGGAUCUUCUCGGCUGCAGGAUCAUUUUAUACCUCUUUAUUUAUUAAUAGAAAGAACCUGAACUUCAUGGGAUCACAACUUUAGUUUCUUUAAAUUUUACCCCUGGUCCGUCAUUCCUCUUGGAAAGUACCCAACCAGAGACGAUAGCUACCUUCACCCUACCUCAAAAGGACUAAAUAGAUAUUUAUAUAUAUUUUUUUACAUAUACAUUUAUUUUUUUAUACCCAAACCUUUAUUUGAUGGAGGCCUCUGAUUUAUCCUCUUCCUGACCAAAGGAGGACUGUUGUGAGUGCCAUAUUUUGUGUUUAAAUGACUAAUUCACAGCAGACUGCUGUUUCAUUAUUUAAUACUGAAUAUCACUGGGAACAUUUCAGUUACAAAGCCUUGUUUUAAAAUUCCUGAUUGAAGAAUAUUUAAAAAUGCAAAUUGAUGUGGGUGGAAAACCAUUUUAGUGACAUAAAACCAAUCAACAGCCAUUUAUUGGCAAAAUAGUGUGCAUUUUAGGACAUUUGAUUUAGUUACUGUUGAUAAAAGACAUGUUUGUUUGUUCAAUCAAAAUGUCUACCAACCUUGAUGUAUAAAUCAAAUUGAAAUUUUGCCAGUUUGCCAGAAAAGUAGUUUAUUUGUAUUUUUCCAUGUUGUCCGUUUUGUAUGGAGUAUGGAUUCCUAGCAUCCAUUGUUUUUUCAUUUAAAUUAGUGCUGCAUAAUAAAUGCAAUUGCAGCUGCAAUCACAUGUCAGACUGUGUAAUUACAUAAUUGCAUAAAAGGCUGCAAUUAUUUUUGUAUUUAGUGCUUGAAAGAAUUACAAAAGUCAAACGCCUGCAGAAAGGGCGUUAAGUUUACAAUAGUGCCACUAUUUCACUUUGUAGAAAUACCUUUUAUUUUUGUCAGAGUAUUACUGUAAAAUCUCAGGUUUUGUAUUUUUUAUGCUACUUAAUAUUUGUAUGUUUAGAGAUGAGAAAUGCACACUUCAAAAUGAUUAUUAUUCUCAGAAUUUUAUUGAUAAAUAAGCAAGCAGACUCAUGGUAUCGAUUAUGUUUUAUUGUUAAAACAAUUACAGUAUUGUCCAGUAGAAUUGCAGUUGCACAUUAUUACCAGAUCAUGCAGCACUAAGUGAAUUAUUCAUUAUUUCAACUUUUAUUGUUAUAAAAUAUUUCAACUGACCAACUUUGUCUGUAAGAUGUUAUAAAAGGCACAAUCUAGAGUUACCAGCAACAAAUGCUUUGAUUUCAGAGAAUUUAAAAAAAUGUAUUUAUCUAAAAAAUGAAUGUGAAAAUUUCAGACAAAAACAUUGAGGUACCAAAAGUUUUCAAGCCUUGGAAAAACAGUUAGUAGCUAAAAAGUAAGUUAUUUUUGAGAGUAUUCAAUAUCAUCAAUACUUAUUUAUGUACCAUGAAAUGAGAUUAGAGGGUGAGAAAAGUCCGUAGAGGCUAAAGUCAGAGUUAGCUGAAGCUGCCUCUCUUUUCAGAUGGCGACCUGGUCUUAACUGUUAACCUAGUCUAUACCAGGUUAUCUUAGAUCUAAAGGUUGAAGAAUACGUUCAUGGAAACUUCUGGAAUCAGAGCCUUGUGCUUGUAAACUGCAGGGACAGUAAUAGGGCUGAAUGAUUUGCGAAAAUAAUCUAAUUGCGAUUUUUUUUUUCCCAAAAUAUUGCAAUUGCGAUUCAACAUGCGAUUACUUUAAGGUUCCUCAUCUUCUGUAAUAUUCUACAAACAUUAGCAGUGAAUCAUUCUGUAUUAUAACCAAAGCAAUACUAGAUAAAUUGAACUAGGAAUGAAAGAUUGAAAACAAAUCUAAUUAUGAUUUUGGCUUGUAUAGCAAAUUUGAUAUCGAUUGCUAUACUGAAGGGAUGAUAAUUUUUUAUGUUAUUCUUAUUUUGAUCAAGAAAAUCAUUUAAACAAACAGAGAAAUUAGGAUUUUUCUGGACUAUUUUGAAACAAAGAGAUCUGUAUAUAUGCACAAUGUGUAGAGAUAUGUAGAGACUUGUAUUUUCAGGUUCAGGCUCACUAUCCUGAAAAGUCUGUUUGACACAGGACUGGUUUACAACGUAAAAACAGUAAAAUCUUCAGGUAUCAGGAUGUAUUAGCCUUAUUUACCUCGGCUUUGAUUUGGUGGUUAUUUCCAUGUGUUUUUUAGGCUCUCUGACAGAUAACUGUUCCUGUGAAAUGGUCCAUCACUGGAAAGGUUUAGGAGUUUUUCUCUAAAGUUUCCACAUUUAUACUAAACGAGAAGCAGCAGCCGUUUAUCCAGUUCUAAAUCCGUCUCAUUCAUUAAUAAACAACCAGAGAUUAUCUGAUGUGUUUUUCCCCUUCAGAGCAGAAGUGAUUUUUGAUAUUUAUUCAUCAUCACUUCUCUUUAUUUUAAUCUGAUUUUGUGCUCAAACAUUUCACAACUGAAAUAUUAGUAAAAGCAUCAACAGCAGGUUAAGCUAAAGUCUUCUGGUUUUUACAAUCAGUAAUAAGCAAAAACAUUUACAAAUAUCUGUUAUCCUCACAAGUUGAGCGUUUUUAUUUUUUAAACCGUUAAACUUGAUUUUACUCACUAGUCUGACUCUGUUUAUACUAAGAAUUUACUUUAUGGAGCACUUUUAUUUCAAACAGAAACGUGUUAAUGAAAGCUGCUGCUACAGAGUUCAGGUUACUCUGUCCUGAAUUACUAAGAGAAUUAGAGGAAUGCUGUCUGAGUUUGACUCAGACUGGUGGACAGUCAUUUAGAACUGAAAUGGUCUAAUCUCUCUGAGCUUAGUCUCUGGUUAUUAAAAGUGUUAGAAAUUUUUGUACUUUCCAAAACAACUGAAUGACUCCUCAGUGAGGACGAGACUGUAUCACUACAGAAUAUAAGCUAAAACUGUCCAACACAGGUUUUAUUUUGGUUUUUGAACCAUGUAAAUGUAAAUGAUGUAACUUUAUUUUGAAAAACUUACCAGUUGUGGGAUUGAGCGAUUCCCACUUCCUGACCAUCAGCUGUAAUCGUGUGUUUGAGCAGGGAACUAUGUCUGUAAUCAGCUAGAUUAAAUGCUUACCUGUUACUAUGCUGGGUUUUUCUUUGUAAAGUUCUGUCUCAUUAAAGGUGUGGUUUAUAAUUGUUUAAAGACCAAAACACCUUAUAUACCUGUCAUUAUUAAUUUUAUUAUGCUGUUUAAUGAUUAAACAUGUCAUAUAAAGCUGGCUUUGAACAUUCCCUUUAUGGGAAUUAUAUUUAUUCUGGUUUUGUAUUUUUUAUUACCUUAUUCAUUUGUGAUGUGAUGUUUUUGUUAUUUCUGUCUUAAAAAGUCAGUGUUAAGGAUGCAAA